GGGACCGCCGCACCGUUCUCUGCUGUGGAGGUUACUUGCCGUAGCCUACGGACUGGUAUGAUUAUACAUCCUGCAUUGCCAAAUCCUCUUGGGUGAUACGCACUCGGUCAUAGAGCGGUUUUUUUUUUCCUACGAGAAAACAUUGUCUGUCAAAGCGUCACAUGGGGUCAGAAACGAUCGCUUCCUGCAUAGCGUUUUUUUUUUAUCUCCGGGAGUUUGGUUUGUCUCCGCCGUUCAUUUUUAUUAAUGAUUUGAUUUGAAGUCGCAGUGUCUUUUCUUCAUGACAUAUUAUUACCGCAAUGAUAAGCAAAGUUAAAAAUGCCAUGUCCACUCUGGUGGGAGGGAUAAUGCCGCACGGCCACCAUCACCACCACCAGCACGGCUCGGGCAACGUUCAGAACUGUGGGUUGGAUGGUCUUCCUCCUCGAUUCCCCUACUCUCGACCCGAGUUUUUGGACCUUACGCAGGAGCUGCUGCAGUAUUCCACAGAACAUGCAUCGAGACCAGUCAUAACACCAAAGCGGGAUAGCAGGCUGCCGUGGCGGACGGGCUAUGCCGAGGUCAUUAAUGCUGGGAAGAGUAUGCUGAAUGAGGACCAGGCGUCCUGUGAGUUGCUGUACGUGAGGAAGAUCAGUGGCAAACAGCAGCAUCGCACGUCCAUGCUGCUGGACGACAGUGCGGACACCACUGGCAUCCCUCUUCAUUUUUGGGGGGUGUUUGACGGCCAUGCCGGAUCCGGCGCCGCCCUCAUGGCGUCCAAGCUCUUGCACCGGCUCAUCCGGGACCGCCUGUGUGAUGUGGUACACCUGCUGGAAAACCCCUCCACACCGCCCCCUAUCUGCCUGGCCAAGAACGGCAGCCCGUACCAGGCGGACACGAAGAAGGGAGCAGCCCAGGAGCCUGAGGAGCAGGACGCCCUGACCGACCCGGCCGCCCGCUUCCACAUGGAGAAGGUGAUCAGCUUGGAGGGCCUGAUCACUGGCAUUAUCGAAAACGCCUUCCGACAGAUGGAUGACCUGAUAGAGAAAGAGAAGGCCUCCUACAGCAUAUCAGGAGGGUGCUGUGCUUUGGCUGCCCUCCAUCUGAUGGGGAAACUCUAUGUGGCAAAUGCUGGCGACAGCAGGGCCAUAAUUAUUCGUAAUAACGAGGUCAUUCCCAUGUCCAAUGAGUUUACUCCGGAGACAGAGAGACAGCGCCUGCAGUACCUGGGCUUCCUGAAGCCGGAGCUUUUGGGAAAUGAGUUCACGCACAUUGAGUUCCCUCGGCGGAUUCAGCACAAAGAGCUGGGCAAGAAGAUGCUUUUCAGGGACCACACAAUGACCGGCUGGGCUUACAAAACCAUUGUGGAAGAUGAUCUAAAAUUCCCAUUGAUCUAUGGUGAAGGGAAAAAGGCGAGAGUCAUGGCCACUAUCGGAGUGACACGAGGGCUCGGGGAUCAUGACCUGAAAGUCUACAACUCCAACAUCCACAUCAAACCCUUCCUUUCCUGCUGUCCGGAAGUGCUGGUGUACAAUCUGUCGGAGAACAAACAUGGCCCUGAUGAUGUGCUGGUCAUGGGCACAGAUGGUUUGUGGGAUGUCACCACCGAUCGGGAGGUUGCAGAUGCCGUGACAGCUUUCCUCUCGUGCUGUGAUCCCAGCGAUCCCAUGAGGUACACGCUGGCGGCCCAGGAUCUUCUGAUGCGUUCGCGCGGCGUCCUGAAGGAGAGAGGGUGGCGCCUGCCCAACGAGAGACUGGGUUCGGGCGACGACAUCACAGUGUUCGUCGUCCCGCUAGUCGGAGCGGAGACAGAGACAUGAAGACAGGGCUGCUGAGACGCCGGCCGCCGAGGACAAGCCCACCCAGGACUGGGGAGGGGCGGGGCAGGGCAGGGAGUGGAGAGUAACAGCCUGCGCCCCACCUUCCCUCCCUCCCUGCCCUACCUAAAAACGAAAACAAAACAAAAAAUGAAAAAAGGUGCAGACAUUAACUCCCAUAAUCCAUCAGGGCGCCUCAGGUGCAAGAAGGCCUCUUCUGCCUUCUCUCGCUCCUGCCCAUUAGCCCCAGCCUCUGCUCGCGCCAUCCAUGACAUAUCAGAUGUUGGACAACAUCACCAGGCCCCACUCCUCUUCCCUACCCAGCUCUCUUCUUCUUCUUCUUCUUCUGAUUAUAUGCAUUGCUCUCAGCUCUAGGUGGCUGUUUUUUUAAACCUGUGAAAAAACAUAGGGUCUGUGACUUACCUUUUAUCUAAAUAGAUCUUGGGAGAAAGUCUUAUUGGCUAUUUUUCACUGCUCUCAUAUGGCAGUGCAAUAUUAUAUAUAUGGAUUGGAUGGGAUGAGUGUGCCCUACGACAUGGGCCCUGGGGUGGCGGGGGGCUUGUGGUGUCUUAUGGGAGCUGACCAGUUCAUCAACAGUAUGGGGAGAAGCAGUAUUGUAAACUGACUCAAAAUGAAUCCCCUAUGACUAUUUGUGAGGGUGUGAGUUUUUUUUUUCUUUUUUUUUUUUAAAUAGAAGCACUUUAUUUUUGGUUUAUCUGUGUACGUAGCAAGAGAUAAUCAUUCUGCAGUCAGGUUCAUGCUUCAUGGCAGGUGACUCUAGUGUGGACCCAUACCAGAGACAGCUGCCAUCUAGGUAUCUAUGUGAAUGUUUUACCUACCUUACUCCCCAAAGUAUUGUGCCCACAUAUCUUGUGUGAAUUCAUCCAAAACCAAUGAUUGACAUGGAUUAAGAAAAUGUUAUUAUCAGGGAUUUUCCAUCUCCCACAUUAAGGUAAAUAACAUAUUUAGAGGAUCAGUUUAUUAUGGACAAUCCAUAAAUGAUUGGAAAAAACACACACAACCAUCAGCAAAGCUUAUGGUAACCAGGGCUGUGCUGAUAGUAUUCUUGGUUGUGGUUCCCUACCUCUCCAAAAUAGCCAUGUAGAAUGUAGUCAAAAACUGAACAAACAAACGCAGUGGUGUGUUCUCCUUUUAUGUGUUCAUCCGAGCUUUGUGGCCACAGUUUUACCAGGCCCAGCAGCCACUUUGUCAUCUCGAUGCCGCUGUAGGUUUUUUCCUGUGUAGCUGGUAGGUGUUUGUAGACCUAGUUUUACAAUAUAAGACUUGGACUCCAUUCCACAAGCAGAUGAGUCGGCUAGCUGAGGAGUCGACGGAAGGCUGCCUUAUACGGCGUGGAGAACUUCGAGUGUGUCCGGCGAGAGAGGUGGUGUGUCUCCAUCAUGCAGAGCACAGAAACUACUCAUGAAGAACAGGGGAUGACUGUGAGAGACUUUGGAGAAUGUUCUCUGUUCUAUGAUUUCGGUGCAUGGUGCAAAACAUAUGCACACACUGUAGCCUACCACCACGCCCAUAGCAGACUCAUUUUGUGCUGUAACAUGGCUUUAUUUCUCAAAUGACCUCUGUCUGUUGUGACGUAUUGCUGUACAGUGUAAAUUUGGGCAAAAUAAACCUUUUGCUUUUUAAAACA